UUUCCGUGCUUUUUGAACUGAAACAGUAUAGCGGUUGUCAUUUCCUCAUAUUGUGUUUCUAUGCGGUCAAGAAACUGCGGAACCACACAUCGACUAGGAUUAUUAAACGGUGUUUAAGGGGAUUGGCAGGGGACUCUACUUUUAAAGAAGAGAUGCUCCGGAAUCAAAUAAGAUAUUGAUUGUUUUGUGAAGCUUUUAGCCAAACAGCUAAAUUAGCUUCAGAGUUUAUCCGAGCUGGCUAAACGGUCAGCUUUGCGGAAUUGUUGUUUGAACAGAAGCUUCACGACGGACCGGAUUCCCAGUACGUAAAUGAACGGAAAUUCUGCCUUGAGAUGGCUGACAAUAGCAACAUAACUUUUGGGACAGCUCCAAGUCUUCUGGUGGAUUCAUCCAUAUAUGACUCAAGGAUAGAAGAAACCGCCAAAGACUACAUACUUCUCGGCAUGAGAGGUGACGAUGGAGAAGAUAUACUGCCAAAAGUGGAGCCAAGGAUUGUUCUCGUGGGAGAGGCAGGCAAAAAUGCUCAACUGGUCAAAGCACUGCAGGCUGUACGAAUAAUGGAGGUCCCUGUGGUAAAGAUAAGAGGAGCUGAAUCAUGUCCAGAAGAGAAAAUGAUGAAGUCCAUUGUCAACAUGGAAAUCAACACCCCUUUCAUAAUAACCGACAACAUCCAAGAGUUCAGUGAUGAAGAGAACACUGCUUUUGAGACGGUGUUUGUCCUCACUGACUUUAAAUGUCCAGAUUACCAUGACCUCUAUCAGCGUGAUAACAGGAUUAUAGGCCCUCCUGUUGUGCUGCGCUGUGUUUUAAAGAAGGAGCCACUACCAUUUUCAUGUCGGCCUCUGUACUCCACCACGAUGCUCAACCUAUCACUGUGUUUCACUGGAUUUAGGAAUAAAGUAGAAAUGAAAAACUUGGUGAAUCUGGUUCAUCACAUGGGAGGCAUCAUUCGGAAAGACUUCAGUACCAAGGUUACACACCUCAUUGCCCACUCCACUCAUGGGGAGAAAUACAGGCUGGCUGUGUGCAUGGGGACACCCAUCCUUACCCCGUCAUGGAUAUACAAAGCUUGGGAAAGAAGAAAUGACGAGUCAUUCCAUGCAGGAGAGGAAGAUUUUCGAACAGAAUUUAAAGUUCCUCCAUUCCAAGACUGCAUCAUCAGUUUUUGGGGGUUUUCAGAUGAGGAGAGAACCAAUAUGGAAGAGAGGACUGUGAAACAUGGUGGCAAAUAUCUGGAUGUUGGAAGUGAACAAUGUACACACCUGGUGGUGGAGGAGAAUUCAAUGAAGGAGCUGCCAUAUUGUUCCUUGAAGAACGUCUUUGUUGUCAAACAAGAGUGGUUUUGGGGAAGCAUUCAAAUGGAUGCUCGAGCUGGAGAGUCCAUGUACCACUACAAAAAGAAUGUCAGCCCACCCAUGAAGAAAGCUGUAUCCCUCCUCGCCCUCCCAACCCCCACGAGCAACCGAAAGCGUCGGCAUUUAAGGGACACACUUGCUCAGCUCACAAAGGAGACAGAGAUAUCGCCGUUCCCUCCGCCUCCUAAAAGGCCAUCAGCAGAACAUUCGCUUUCAUUGGGCUCAUUGCUCGACAUCACAAUUACACCUGACACUUGUAAAGCCUUUGCAGAGAAUUCAAAGCCAUCAAAGACUGCAGUCCUGCCCAAGCAAUCAGCCCGGUGGCAAGUUUCCAAGGAGUUCUAUCAAACUGAAAGCAACUACGUUGGCAUUUUAAGUACCAUACUCCAGAUUUUCAAGCUUCCACUUGAAAGAGAUGGUCAGCUCGGGGGACCCAUCCUUGCCCAAGAAGAAAUUAAGACAAUAUUUGGAUCCAUCCCUGACAUCUAUGAGGUUCACACCAGAAUAAAGAGUGACCUUGAAGGCCUCCUGAAAGAAUGGUCAGAAGAAAAGAGUGUCGGAGAUAUUAUUCUUAAAUAUUCAAAGGAGCUUGUGAAGGCGUACCCUCCCUUUGUCAACUUUUUCGAAAUGAGCAAGGAUACUAUUGUUCGGUGUGAGAAACAAAAGCCACGCUUCCAUGCAUUUCUCAAGAUCAACCAGGCCAAGCCAGAAUGUGGCCGACAGGCACUCGUCGAGCUCCUCAUCAGACCUGUACAGAGACUUCCCAGUGUGGCUCUACUUCUAAAUGACAUAAGGAAGCACACAUCAGAUGACAACCCUGACAAGCUGAAACUGGAGGAAGCAAUUGAGUCUCUCAAAGAAGUUAUGACUCACAUUAACGAGGACAAGAGGAAGACGGAUGGUCAGAAGCAGAUCUUUGAUGUUGUUUAUGAAGUUGACGGAUGUCCAGCUAACUUGCUAUCCUCCCACCGCAGUCUGGUUUACAAAGUUGAAACAAUCGCACUCGGAGACAAACCCUGUGACCGUGGUGAACAUGUCACACUCUUCCUCUUCAGUGAUUGUUUGGAGAUUGCAAGGAAGCGACACAAAGUUAUCAAUACUUUUAAGAGUCCACUGGGACAAACAAGAGCGCCACCUCCACUGAAGCACAUCACUUUGAUGCCACUGUCACAAAUUCGAAGAGUUCUGGACCUGCGGGACACAGAAGAAUGUGUGAAUGCAUUUGCUUUAGUCGUUCACCCGCCGACUGAACAGGAGAACAUGCUGUUCAGCUUCCAGUUGGCUGGAGAGGAAACGGUGAAAAGUGACUGGCUUCGAACGCUUUGUCGACAUGUAGCCAACACCAUCUGCCGGACUGAUGCGGGUGACCUUAUUCACUGUGCAGACCCAGACUCACUACAGGUCAGUACCAGAGAUAUGGACAGCACCCUAAGCAAAGCCUCAAGAGCCAUCAAGAAGACAUCCAAAAAGGUGACAAGGGCAUUUUCUUUCACAAAGACUCCAAAGCGUGUGAUCCAGAGGGCAUUUAUGUCCACCAGUACCCCAGAUGAUAAAAAACAAUGUUUCAACUCUGAAAACCACAGCAGCUCGACACUGUCUAUGUCGAGCUUUGCCUCCACACAGAGUUUGAAUGACAAAAGCAGUACCAUGGUGCAACGCUCUAAUUCUUGGGACAACCCUCCUCUGAGUGCCAGGGUUCCUGUCUGUCCACUCACAUCCUGCAGUCCUGCUCAACAUUUUACAACACAAACUUUGCCGCGGCUACCCAGGGAAACCAAAGCCUAUGCUCCAAUUUCUCCCCUGAAUACUUAAGAGGCUAAAUCUUGUUUUCAAAUCUCAUUUAUUAGUCAUACCUUAACAUAUGUUUCUUCAAACCUGACUGUUCCCAGACAUACA